CGACUCAGUCCUUAUAAAUUCCCCGUCCUAUCCAAACUACUACACAAACAAUCUGGACCUCAUGUGGAUUGUCGAAACGGUGGACUAUCGACAGAUUCUCAUCGAUUUCAUUGCUUUCAACACGGAGAGUUGUUGUGACCAUCUAAGAGGUGGGGAUGGGGAGGAUUUUUCCAAUUCCUCUACAACUCUCUUCCGCUGGAGUGGAAGCAGUCUACCACCUCGUGUGUCGUCCAACGGGAACGUCAUGUGGCUGAGAUUUACGUCAGAUUUUAGUGUCACCAGAAGUGGGUUUCUCUUGUCGGCUCGAAGCGUCUCGUCAAAUGAAACGAACUGUGCUGAGGGAGAAUUGAACUGCGGGGCUUAUUGUAUCAAUGACAACCUGCGGUGUAACUAUCAAGAUGACUGUGUCGAUGGUAGAGAUGAGGAAGAAUGCGGUUGUGUGAUCAACCCGUGUCUAAACAACGGGACCUGUAUCCCUAUUGGAAGGUAUGGCCUCAGCUGCAUAUGUCCCACCGGCUUUCAAGGCACCAGGUGUGAAACAGUAAUAGUGAGCAUCUCCCUCGGGGCCAGCGAAACCGUUGAAGUCAGGUCGCCAGGCUACCCGGGCAGCUUUCCAAGAGGAGGAUAUAUCAACUGGAUCAUCAGGACGGAGGAAGACAGGAAGAUUCUCGUUUCAUUUGGCAAUCUCACCACUGAGUACUACGACAAUUGGAGGAUCGGGAAUGGAGAUGUUAUCAGUCAGUCUACCCUUCUGUCGUGGAGAUACCGACAGCGUCAUCUACCGAUUCUCCUUUCGAAUGGAAGUGCCAUCUGGAUUUCCUUUUUGUUUUCGUCCUCUUAUCGAACAAGAGAAAAAUUUUCCUUUGUUGCGUCUUCUGUGCCAUCCGCAGAAACUUUGACCUGUUCUGUUGAUGAAUUUGAUUGUGGAAAUUCCGUUUGCAUCAGCGGUCUCUUACAAUGUGAUAGGAAUUAUGACUGCAUCGAUAACAGCGACGAAAAUUCCUGUGGUAAAUAUAUUUCGAAAGAGUUUUNGUGGAGAUACCGACGGCGUCAACUACCGGUUCUCCUUUCAAAUGGAAGUGCCAUCUGGAUUUCGUUUUUGUUUUCUUCGUCCUAUCAAACAAGACAAGGAUUUUCCUUUGUUGCGUCUUCUGUGCCAUCCGCAGAAACACUGACUUGUUCUGGUGAUAAAUUCGAUUGUGGAAAUUCUGUUUGCAUCAGCGGUCUCUUAAAAUGUGACAGGACUUAUGACUGCAUCGAUAACAGAGACGAAGAUUCCUGUGGUUGUGUAUUCAACUCGUGUCUGAAUAACGGAAAAUUUGAAGGUUUAAGGUGUGAAACAGCAAAUAUGAACAUCUCUCUCGGGACCAGCGAAACCGUUGAAGUCAGGUCGCCAGGUUACCCGGGCAGCUUUCCAAGAGGAGUAUAUAUCAACUGGAUCAUCAGGACGGAGGAAGACAGGAAGAUUCUCAUUUCGUUUGGCAAUCUCACCACUGAGUACUACGACAAUUGGAGGAUCGGGAAUGGAGAUGUUAUCAGUCAGUCUACCCUUCUGUCAUGGACAUACCGUCGGAGUCAACUACCAGUUCUUCUUUCGAAUGGAAAUGCCAUCUGGAUUUCCUUUUCGUUUUCGUCCUCUUAUCGAACAAGAGAAGGAUUUUCCUUUGUUGCGUCUUCUGUGCCAUCCACAGAAACUUUUACCUGUUCUGUUGAUGAAUUCGAUUGUGGAAAUUCCGUUUGCAUCAGCGGUCUCUUACAAUGUGAUAGGAGUUAUGACUGCAUCGAUAACAGCGAUGAAAAUUCCUGUGGUAAAUAUAUUUCGAUAGUAUUUACUUAA